CUCUAUAUGUUGAUCCGCCCUCUCCCUCUUUCUGUAUUCUCUCUCUCAAUCGGUGCCCACUCUCUCUAGCUCACCGAAGUCCCUCACCACCAUUGCUCACGUCCGUCGCACAUCGCCAUCGCCAUGGACCAAAGCAAAUGAGAAGUUCCCUUUUCAUCCAUUUAUAUCUGAUUCAUCUUUGAGAUUCAGAGCGAUUUCGAUUUCGAAUCUCCAACGCCAGCACCGUCUACACCGGCUCGAUUUCUCUGAUUUCGACUUUGAUUUCGAUUUUGAAGCUCCACCGCCACCACCAUCUGCACCAGCGAGGGUUUUCAAUCUCUGUGAGAAGAUAAGCAUCAUAAUUUUGAAUAAAGAGAUAAAACCCAAGUCAAAGCACAUAUGGAUAGACCAUUGCAGCCUCUGUGAUUAUGAUGAUGGACUGAUAGAUAUCACCCGAGAGAGCACAGAUAUUACAAUUUCUAGGUUUGGGAAAGUACAUUUAUAUAAUAAUUACACCAGAAACUGGGGGCAUUUAUGCUGUAUGUGCCAGUGUAGAAUCACAGAUAUAUUCACAAUGCAAUAUAUAUGAAGCAGGACAGAAGAAGGUGGCUUUCAAAUAUCUAACAGAGAAGGUUGAGAGUAUGAUCUGUGGAAGGGAAGUCAAUCCUGACCUUGUUCAAGUGGAGAAGGCGAAGGCAAUCCUUAUGGAGCAUGAGGUAGCAAUCCUUGAAGUGCUUGCAAAACUUGCUGAUGUGUCAGAUGGGGAUGAUUCUCCCAAACAAUUUCAAUAUCAUGACUCCCAGAAGGAGCUCCAGAGAAUUGGAAGAGGGAUGGCAACACAAAAGGACUUGUAUGUAUGGUCAGGACGGUCACAUUUGGGCUCAAAGCUUCUGCCUACCCUAACACAGGGCAUCAUGAUGAUGGGACUGAGAGUUUGUGAAUUACUUUCUGCGGUGUUGUUCUGUUGCUUCAUGCUCCUUGGGAGAUGAUUAACUACAUGGGUUUGGAAGAGGCAAUGCCUUUCAAAGGGAUGUAGGCUAACUCUGGUUUGUUUUUACUUUCUUGAUCCAGUUCACUUUCACUCAGUUUUUCAAAGAUAGUGAGUGUUCAGGAUAAUAUUUCUAUGCUACAAAUAAGUCCACCA